AUGGACUUCGACAUAACAGAGUAUAGAGACAUGAUUACCAGGCAACAAACUGUGUUGUUUGGAAAUGGACCAAUAACAGAUUAUUCUAGUAACAAACCAUUUUUCAACACCACCAUUCAAUGUUCAGUGAAUAAUAAGCAGAAAUGUUUACAUACUGCGUCAUGUAAUUGUGCAAAAUGUACAAAGACUGUUGCGAUUGAACAAACAUCCAAGCCACAGGUCAAUAUUGCAUCUUUCCAGUGUGAUUUAUGCAUGAAAAAAUUUACUCGGCGAGACCACAUGAACCGCCACAAGCGACUACACAUUGAUCAGAAACCGUUUACCUGUGAUAUAUGUCUGAAUAAAUUUUCUCGUAAGGAGCAUGUGAGACGACAUCAACUACAACACACUGGUGAAAAGCCAUACAAGUGCGACACAUGUCAGAGAAGUUUCACAAGGAAAGAACACUUGAAGAUUCAUCAGAGAACACAUACUGGUGAAACACCAUUCAAAUGUGAAAUAUGUGGGAUAGUGUUCACAAGAAACGCUGCUUUGACCGCUCACAGGAAAACGCAUACAGUGAAUGCAAUUGGUAUGCACCCCACAGGCACUAAUGCGGUUCCUGUGUUGCCUAGUUGUAGCAAGGCAUUUCAAAACAGUGGUUUGGCUAUUAACAGUAAAAUAAGUACAGCAAAUUCAAUUGAUAAUAAUGGUAUUCAUGUACAGCCGAAUAAUACAAUUGCAUUUCCUCCUCUGCCUGGUUGCAGCAAAACAUUUCAAAAGGUUGGUGUUCACCAGAAGAGCAUCAGGAAAUUUUUUCAGAAAUUACCUGAAGGAGAAUUUGAUUGUUACGAUCUUUUUAAGGGAAGUCAGACGGAAAAGAUACAGAAUUCACAGAGCUCCGACUUUAAUCUUAAUCACAAUUCAAUCUCAUAUCAACAAGUCUACCCAAAUACAAGUUAUUUGUCUUGUUUGAACCAGGUUGUUGUGUCUAAUAAUAACCAAGGUCACCUGGAUGGACAGAAGUCGAUUGCUGAUGGUCUCCAUGUUACUUCCAAUAGUGACCAAGGACACAUUGAUGGACAGAAGUCGAUUGCUGAUGGUCACCAAGUUGCUGCCAAUAAUGACCAAGGACACCUGGACGGGCAGAAGUCGAUUGCUGUUGGUCACCAUGUUGCUGCCAAUAAUGACCAAGGACACCUUGAUGGACAGAAGUCGAUUGCUGUUGGUCACCUUGCUGUUGUCAAUAAUGACCAAGGACACCUUGAUGGACAGAAGUCGAUUGCUGAUGGUCACCUUGCUGUUGUCAAUAAUGACCAAGAACACCUGGAUGGGAGAAAAUUGAUUGUUGAUGGUUGCCAUUUUGCCGCCAAUAAUGACCAAAGACACUUGGAUGGACAGAAGUCAAUUGCUGAUGGUCACAAUGGUUCUUCUAAUAAUGACCGAGAUCACAUUGACAUGAUCCCAGAGUCAAUUGCUGAUGGUUGCCACAAUGCUUCCAAUAAUGACAAUGAAUACACUAACAACCAAGAUGGCUGCUAUUCAAGGAAUAUGCAGGAUGAAGCUACAUUGGAUGCAGAAUGUCCUAAAGGAAUUUGUGUGAAUGGCAACAAUGUGAAACUGAAAGAUGAAAAAAGGGAUUUGCUGUGUACAUGUGAUGGCAAUAAUCAGGGACUGAUAGCUGUGAAAGAAGAGCAGCACAAAGGAUAUAAUACCAAUAGUGAAUUUAUUACCUUUGACCCAACAAAUAUUGUAAAACGGGAAAACUGUUCAGACGGUAAACCAGUAAUACCAGGAUGGCAUGCUCACUUACAAGUAGAUGAUGAAGGAUGUCAAAAAAAAUCUCCAACUAAUCAGGUGAGUGGUGACAGUUCACCUCGAGAUGAUAUGGAUGAGGAGGAAUCUUCUGAUGACUACACCUGUGGGACAUCUGAAGACAGCAUAAUUCACACUGUUGCUGAGAAUGGCGACUGUGCCAGUGUAAAUCACAGUGAAGGUCUAUUAAAUACAGUUGAUGGGAAGCAUGACACCAAUGUGUCACCUAAGGCCGGCAUACCAGAUACUGUUAAAAACGACAUGAAAGUUGAUGAUUCUAUAGCUCAACAUGAAAAGACUGAAGACAUAGCAUCUGAUACAGACGUCUCCAUUGUGUGCAGUGUUGAUGAUGACCCUCCUCAUAAGGAGGGUAAUAACAAAGAUUCAACUCCAUCUGUACACGAGCACCCUAAUACCUCACCGACACAAGAAAGCCUAUUCGCAUGUGCAGCAUGUAAGAUUUAUUAUGAUAGUAGUGUACUUUAUAUUAUGCAUAGAGGCUUUCAUGAGAGGCAGGGAGAGUUUGAAUGCAGUGUGUGUCAUCAUAAGUGUCAAGAUAGUGUAGAAUUCAAUUUUCAUAUCACCAAACAUCCAAUGUAG